UACCGGGGUUUUGUUUAGUUAUUCAAAAUUUGCGCGAUUCGGCUAUCGAUUUUUAUAAAAUUAAAAAUUAGUGAUAAUGCUGAUUAUUAUUGAAACAAAGCGUGAAAUUCAGUGAGUGAUAAAAUUUGUGUCCCUCUGUAUGUGCAUCAUCAGGUCAUGACUGAAGCAUCUUUCGUAUUCUACGAUUCGAUUGACUCGGUGUUCGUUCGAAUCGCUCAAACGUUGUCCAACUGCAAUCCUGCUGGAGCGGUCGAUUCUAAAUCUGUCCAAUUAUCGAAAGAGCAUCUCCUGGAGCUCGAAUCGUUAUUCGGCCGUGCUUUGCUAGGCAGAGCCCUGACCCUGAUACACGGAAAGAAACCCCUGAAGCUGCUCCGUACUCCGAGCGGUGCCGGUAGAUUGUACGAAGUGCCCGGUUCCAAGUUUGCUGUAGUGUACAAAAUCUUCCCGGGAGUAAAUUUCUGCACGUGCGAAUCGUUCCGCUACUGGGUGCUCCAACAGCAGCAUCAAGCAACCUGCAAGCACGUCCUGGCCACUAGAUUGGCCCAGGCGCUUGGAUUGGAGGUGGAGGAGACCCUGUCUGAUAAGAUAUACCAGGAGCUGUCAGCCGAGCUCAUCAAGGAACGGCUUAACAGUACGGCAAGCCGUUCGUCGAAUAUCGCAGGCCCUGGGGAAGGACCAUCGAAAUCGCUGCAGUAAAUGCUUAAUACGAAACCGCUGCUGGAGAGAGGAGUUUUGCUGAACCGAAAGAUGCUGACCCAGUCGCAGUUCUCGCAGAUUCAGUUCUCCGCGGUGCUGAACAACUACACCAUGUUCUACAAUGUGGCCAAAGCCAUAAGCUUCGUCGAUCAUGCAACGGUUCAACUCAGCGCCGAUGGCGUGAAGGUAGUCGUCGAAGAUUGCAAGAGUGUCCAGGCCACGGCUUACAUCACGAAGGCUUGUUUCUCGGAUUACCAACUAGGCCAACGAAAGCGCAAAUCGACCGCGAUGGAAGACGACCGUGAAGACGCAGACGACAACGAACCGUUGACCUCGUUCGGUCUCAAUUUGAAGGUGUUCACCGACUGUUUGAGCAUGUUCAUGGAUGGAGAUUACGAUUCCAGCAUGAAGAUGCUGCACAAGGGCGAGGGAGCUCCCCUGGUGGUGAUUUUGGAGCGGCGCUGUGAAGACGACCUUAUUACGGAGUGCUCGGUGCGAACGAUGGAAGCGCAGGACAUUCUGGACUUCGACUUCGAAGAAGAACACGUUUGCAGCAAGGUUAGCAUCAAGGGUCAGGAAUUCUUCGCUCUGCUGUCCGAGAUGGAUCGGAAUAGUAGUGAGGUGGAACUGUUUCUAUCUCCAGACGCACCGCACUUUAAGUUCUCCACAUUCGAUGAGCUGGGAUCGGAGUCCAGUUUUGAAAUCACAAACAGCAGCGAUAUGCUGAUUUCGUUUCACAGCACGGAAACGACUACGAACCGAUAUCAGUUUGCUCAUUUCAAGCUGGUCAUGAAGACUUUGGCGUUUGCGUCGAAAAUUGCGCUGCGAACUAACAAGGAAGGACUGCUCGGGCUGCAGGUAAUGAUAGAGAACUCCGAAAAUUCCAACAUAUUCGUCGAAUACUUUGUAAUGCCACUGUGCGAUGUCGAAGCAAAUGAAACUUCUAUUACAUAUGAUUGAUUUGUUUCGGCUGGAAAAAUAAAGUCUUAUAAAGAGUCAA